UUAGCUCGAAAAAUCGCCAUGGCCGAAGAAGCUCAAAGCGAGAGCAACCGCAGCGGCGGCACGGAGGAAGGAGGAGAGAGCCUUGUUGCGGAGGCGCGAGGAGUCUAUGUCAUGUAUCAAGGCUGCUGGCUGCGACCCCGGGCCAUGCAAAGCGUCAAGUUGGUGCAAGAGCACUUCAAGGCUCGCCCCGAUGACACCCUCCUCGCCACGUUCCCGAAGUGCGGCACCACCUGGCUCAAGGCCCUUGCCUUCACCAUUACAAACCGCUUCGACCACGCCGCCACCAGUGACACCCACCCGCUGCUCACCCGCCACCCUCAGGACCUCGUGCCAUUCCUCGAGAUGCCCUACUGCCAGCUCCACCCUAUCGCCGACCUCGAGAAGCUCGCCUCCCCGAGGCUCCUCGCCACCCACAUGCCGAUCACACUGCUACCUCCGUGCGUGUCCAGCCUCGGUUGCCGUGUUGUGUACCUGUUCCGCGAUCCCAAGGAUGUGUUCGUGUCCCUGUGGCAGUUCACCAGCAAGGUACACACGGAGUACACCAUUGAUAGAGCAUUUGAUUCGUUUUCCGAGGGGCUAUCCCCGUACGGGCCUAUCUGGAAGCACAACCUUGAGUUCUGAAAGAAAAGCAUAGCAGAGAGUGACAAAGUUCUUUUCUUGAAGUAUGAGGAGAUGAGGGCCGAACCGGUCAAGCACGUCAAGAUGCUCGCCAAGUUCCUCGGUGUCCCCUUCACCGAGGAGGAGAUGAGAUGUGGAGUUGUAGAGGGUGUCGUGCACCUGUGUAGCUUCGAUAAGCUCAGGAGCAUGCCGGUCAACUCAUCGGGAGUAACUGAUAGGAUUGGUGGGGUGCCAAUGGAGAACUCUUCCUACUUUAGGGCCGGGAAGGUCGGUGACUGGGCAAACCACUUGACGGAAGAGAUGUCAAAGAAGCUGGAUGCCAUUGUUGAGGAGAAGCUGAGAGGAUCAGGUCUCACAUUUUGA